UCAGAUGAGGUGUCUGUCUUUAGGGACCCUAAAGGCUCAUUAACUCGCAACGACAAAUGUUUUUUGGCUUGUUUUACAAGAGAAUCGGGAAUCAAACUAGAGGGAGAUAAAAUUGUUGAUAAGUUUGGAUAUUCGGAUAUAAUAGAACGGGAAGAUCCUGACUACUACAAAAUGUCCUUAAGCAUUGUGAAGGAAUGCAACGAAGAAGUUCCUAAAAUGGAUGACGAAUGCGAAUAUAGUGGUUUACUUUACAAAUGUCACAUGGAAAAAGCGGAACAAAAAAGUGUGGAGAUACCCACGUUCUCUUAAAAAAAGUGAGAAACAGCUAACUCGAUGCAAUGAUUUUGUAAUGUACCUAAU